AUGUAUGGUUCAUCACCAGGACAUAGCGAAAAUGUCUUAAUAUCUGCAGAUGGUCUUACAUCAAUGAAUAACGAAGCUCGUAUUCCAGAAGGUGGAUUCGCAUUGCUGUCAACAACAUCACAGAAUGCAGCACUUGCACAUUUCAUUACAGCACUUACAUUUGAUCCAUACCAGGAACUUCUUUGGACUGGCAAUAAUACAGGACGCGUGGUGUCGUUUUAUGGUGCACAACUUGACAAGUACACAGCAUUUUUAUCGUCAACUAAUUCAAGCAUUCGUGCUUUGCUUGCUUCAGAAACUGUUAUUUUCUCACUAACAUCCAAGCGUUUAAGAGCUAACCGUCGACAAGGCAUUUCGUUAUUUACACAUAUGUCCGAUCAUAUGACUGAUCUUACCUGUAUGCAUCGACUUUCGGAUGUACCACAUAAAUUACUGCUGGGUGGUAAUCAGCAACAAAUCAUACAGUUUGAUGUGGAAACACAAAAAGAAAUACGAAUUGUUUCUGUUAAACAGAAAAAUUGCUUGGCUUUGCGAUCAAAUCAAAAAUUUUUAUUUAGUUCUGACUCGGAGGGAAACGUAACACUCCGGCACCUUACAACAGUGGAUGCAAUCCAUGCCUUGCAAGCUCAUCAGGGAUCAAUAGCUGAUUUUGAUGUUUGCGGCAAUAAACUAAUCACAUGCGGUUACUCUCCAAGAAUGGGUAAAAUGGCAGGUGAUCGAUUCAUAAUGAUUUAUGAUCUAAGAACACUGCGUAGUUUGCCCCCGGUACCUUUACCAAUGGCACCAUCAUAUUGCAGAUUUCUACCAUCUUAUUCGGAUGGUCGGAUUAUGGUUUGCUCUCAAAGUGGUGAAUUGAUUGUAAUGGAUUUAAAUGAGCAAUCUAGUCAGAUGCCUAUACAAUUAGAUACAAAUGGCUUCGCCAUUACAUCUCUUGAUGUAUCAACUUCGAAACAAUGUAUCGCUUUUGGUGAUCAAACAGGUUUGAUACACCUCUUUUCGGAUCGAAUGGAACCCAUUUUUAAUGAAAAUUCAUGGGGCACAGAUUUUCCAGAUCCAAUUGCUUUUCAUCCACCAGUUAACAUCGACGAUCCCGAGCCAUCAUAUGGAGUGUUUCCUCUUCCGUUUCCAGUGGAUGAUCACUAUGCCUCAGAUUGGCCUGAGCAGUUAUGUAUUAGACGGUUCAGACAGCCAGAUCCGAUAUCAGAAAAGGUGAUUGAUUCAAUGCGCAUGGUGCAGUUUGUUGGUUAUGCUCAUAAUCCUCGCGCUGGUACAUCACUGCGAGGCUUCAACGUUUGUCCAUAUACAAGUUCUACCCAUGAUAAAUGUUCAAAUGCAAUGAAAAAUGAUGAUAUACUUCACAUUCCGAAGUUUUAUUUGCGUACCGAAGGAAAGUUAACCUCUAAGGCUGAAGAAAUUGAUUUUAAGCGAUAUAAUCGCACAGAAUUCAACGCUUUAGAAAAUAGUGUCGAAACAAGUCCCGCAUGCAUGCUUCUGCUUGCCAUGUAUCAUCUGAUGAACGUAAGAACAGUCUUUCUUUCGCAUUUCUGCUACCUGGAAGGCUGCAUUUCAUGUGAAAUGAAUCUUCUCUUCCGGUUACUUACAGAUCGACCAGUGUCGAGUGUGGUAUCGGCCAAAAACUUUAUGAAGACUUUUCGAUCCAUUGAUGACGGUAAAAAAUGGGCAGAUGCAGUUGCUAAUGCAAGUUUAGCGCAAACAGUUCGCUUAUUUAUGCAAGUCUUCAGCAAAAUAUUGGACAAGGAACUUUCUGAAACUACUGCUGGAGUAGCGCUUCGCAAGGAAAUGGAGAUUUCGUUUACUUUGAAUAAUCAUUGCAUUCGGUGUUCCGAGCAUUAUCAGUCAGCCCUCGCACAACUUUAUAUAUCAUUAGCAUACCCGACAAGUAAUGAAAAAAUUGGAUUUUGUACGUUGCUGGAAAAAACCCUAAACUGUCCCGAACAAAAUGAAGCUAUCUGCCAGAAAUGCGGGAAGUUAGCACGGUUCGCAUCAACACGUCGUGUGCGUUUACUGCCGAACAUUCUCGCUUUGGAUAUGACAGCCAGUACAGAAACAGAACAAGCAUUUUGGAUUUCUCACAUUCAAGCAUUUGAAAAUCGAUCGGUGACGGCGCCAAAUUCAGUAACAGAACACAAAGUAAAAUUAUGUAGAUAUGGUACUGAAUGCAGAAAUCCAAACUGUCGGUAUCUUCAUAAUGAUGACAGUAAAUGUGAAACGAAUGUACUAACGACUGAAGGCACUACCACAUAUUACGAAUGUCCUCAUUAUAUACCGAAUUCAGUACAUAUCAAAAUAACGGAUGGUAUUUGCACGGUUUCGGAAAAUAAGAUGGAAAAUAGUACAUCCUUUCAUCUGGUAGCAGCCAUAUUUAUCAUCAAUGAAGAUGAAGAAACGCAAACUGAGGAACAUUUGGUCACUGCGAUCAGAUCAAAGCAGGAUUCUUGCUGGAUAUUGUUUAACAGUUGGUCUGUUACACGAAUCUCAGAAAAUGAAGCAUUGCGUCUACAUGCUUGCUGGAAAUUACCGGCUAUCCUAUAUUAUGUGCAAGACAGAGAAAAUGGUAGUAAAGAAGGUAAUCGAUUUUUUCGAGGCCUUAUUUUAACUGUUCAAAAAGAAACGAAUGAUUUCUCAUUCCUACCAAUUCCAGCUGCCAAAAAUGAAAGUCGUGCUAUAAUCCCACGGUCUGUAUUCUGGAAUGAUUUGGAUUCAAACAAAAUUAAAAUACCAGAAAGAGGAAGUAAAGUUGCGAUCUAUGCGAAAUAUGCAAUCAGCGAGGCUGGCGAAAAGAGAGUAUCUGAAGUUUUUGCAGUUGACGAAGAUGGCAGUUGUUUUAUUAGUAGUGUUAUCAAAGAACCAGGAAUAAAGAGUGAUAUGGAUAACUCGCAGACGCUGAAGAGAGUGUCUUUGAAACUUCUAUACUUGAUUCAAGAAAAAAUAACAAUCAUUGGAUACAAAAUUGAGCACUUAUUUGAAAUGCUAAAUAUCCACGUAUCGGAAGAACAGGUAAAAGACAUUGUGUUGCUUUACCGUUCAUUGUUCAAGCGUUCGCUUUCGUUAAAUGCUUUAGCACAGCACUUCUUCGGCGAGUCAGUUGAUGAGGAGGAAACCGAUCCAAUCGAUCUUGCUCGCUUGUCUCUUCGAUUGUACACAAAAUUCAAUGAAUUAAAGGAAGCCGAUGAGGCAGAUAUCAAUAUUGCUGUAUUAACUCAUGCAUUGGAGACAAAUAUUUCUUAA